AUGGCUGAGGAGGAGUUUCUUGUCACCCGCAGGCCCAGGCGGAGUACCGCGGGGAACAGGAUGGAGGCAGCAUUGGCAGAGUUUCAGGCUGAGGAUGUGGGCGAAGAGCAGGAGGACGAUGUGGACUUUAUCCUUGAGAAAGACGAAGAAGAUGCAUUCGGGUCGGAUUUCGAAAGCACGGACGAGGAAGCUGUGCAAGCCGACAUAGAUGCUGCUGCCGAGCGCAUCAUACACGAGGAAGAGCGCACGGUCCGGAAGUCAGCCCGCUCAAAGCUCGACAAAGUGACAGCUGCAGCCCAUGCACGUCAGAAAGCGACGUUCAAUCCUCAGGAUCGACCUUCUGAAUCACGCGAGAGAGUGCCGUCAAGUGAGGCGAAGGUCAAGCGGCGCGUAUCGCUUGGAGUUGUGGUCGAUGCGGAGACGGGCGAGGUGGUGGAGCGGGCGAAACGUCAGAGCAGUCGACGGCACACGAUGAUGAACACGUCUGCCACCGUGAGUCGUCUGAAGGACGAGCAGGAGAAGAAGUCAGCCCUUCCGAAGAAGGUGAAAACGAAGGUACGCGCGCCGACGCAGACUGAGCUCAUUGCUCGUGCGCUAGACAUGGAAGAAGGCAACAUAAGUGAACAUCGUAACUACCUUACGCUUGAAGAGGAGAAGCGCAAGCAGGCCCGUCUGGUGCGCACGACUGUCCAGGGACAGCGCCUGCGGUGGGUCAGCAAAUGCGAGGAGGUCAAGAUCAAGGUGGAACCACCGCCUCCUCCGCCUCCGCCGGCCCCGCCACAAACAGCUCCCUAUGGGAAUACGUACCCCCGGGCUUCUAGCCCAUACACGUACACGCCAACAGCCACCUCCACGUCCUAUUUCCACCCAUCUUCAUACGCCUAUGCCUAUCCCUCGUACGCACCUUCGUCAACCGCACCAUCGUAUUCGUAUGCUGCGUAUCCUUACCAGGGAUACGCACAGCCAAGCGCCUCAAUACCUCCUCCCGCUUCCUCCUCACUGCCUUCUUCUGCCGCUCGGAUGCCUGCUCCACCGGUCCCUGCGUCUCCAGCUGCGCCCCUCGAGCGCACAGAGAAGGUCACAAAGAACUACAUCAUUCACGAGCUUGAUCAGUCGGACGGCACGCCAAAGCCAACAUGGCAUCGUACUAUGCGUGCAAUGUUCGGCGACCACGUCAAGUGGGAAGAACUCAGAGUCUAUACGUCGAAGGGACGACCGUUAGCCCGACCGAUACAAACAUGCCCGAUUACUGGAAAGGCGGCGCCAUAUCGUGAUCCACGUACAGGGGCGCCUUUUGCCGACUCGGAGGCUUAUAGGACGUUGUCGCACCUAUUGGAGCACGAAUAUGUCUGGAGUGAUAGUCUAGGAUGCUACAUCGGCAGACAAGGAGAUGAUGUCAUUUAG